AUGGAUAAGGAAGACGUGGAUUCACGUAAUGUUUUAAUUGAGAAGCCUAACUACAUGCUGAUGUCCUUGCAGAGGAUACUUGUGUUGUUCGUUAUAUUUGCGAGUGUGAUUGUUGUUGUAUAUUAUACUCCGAUGCCAGAGGAAUAUUUCGAAAACUGUGAUCGAGAAUGUCAUGAAUUGGAUUGGCCGAUGAUUUGUCGUGUAAAACUAGUCAUAGAAGUAUAUAAAACUUAUAGCAAGUCGUGUAGCAACUGUGCAGAAUCGCAAGGUGCAGAAUGUCCGUCUAUGUGCAUAACAGCCGACGGCCGGGAACGUGGAGUGCUGGCUGCUAACAGGUUGCUUCCUGCACCGCCCUUGCACGUAUGCCAGAAUGACAUCCUCGUUGUCGACGUCGUGCAUCGGGCACCAGCACAUGCGCUGUCGAUACACUGGCGCGGACAGCCGCAGAAGGAGACACCGUUUAUGGACGGAGCCCCCAUGUUAACUCAAUGCCCCCAGCCGGCUUAUACAACGUUCCAGUACAAAUUUCGCGCAUCGGCAGCGGGUACUCAUAUGUAUCAUGCACAUUCUGCAGCAGACGCCGCUGACGGCCUCGCUGGGGCGUUCGUCGUUCGCCAAUCGCCUCGGCUCGACCCACUGAGGGAACUAUACGACGUUGACGCAACUGAGCACACCAUAUUUGUUGCCGAAUGGGGCCAUUCGAUGGGGCCACUAGCUGGAAUGACUUCUAACGCGCCGAAUGCCGAGUCGUUGCUCAUUAACGGAAAGGGACGCUCCUCUGAAUUUUCAAACGCACCGUUGUCAAAGUUCACAGUGGAACACGGGAAGAGAUACAGAUUCCGUCUGCUCUACGGCGGUGGUUUUAAAAGUUGCCCGAUCAAAUUUUCCGUUGAUGAGCACGUUCUAAAGGUUAUCGCUUUAGAUGGAUUCGGAGUUGAAGUUGAGGAUGUUGAUUCCAUAACAUUCGCUAGAGGAGAACGCGCAGAUUUUAUCCUGGACGCAAAUAAAGCCGGUGGUGUUUACAAAAUGAGAGUUGUGGCUGAGAAGGCUUGUCAAAGUAGUCUGGAAGGAGCAGCGGACUUAGUAUACGAAACUGCCGGCGAUAAGGUUUUACAAAAGACUGCCGAACACAUCCAUUCACCCGUGAACCGUGAAUUUACCACAGUGAAUAGUGAAAAGUGUCGUGAUGACAAUGUGUUGUGUUUGGACGAAAUACAUUCAUCCAGCAAACUGCCGUCAAAUCUGGCCGGAGCUGUUGACGAAAUCAUUUAUGUGCCUUUCAACUAUUCCACCAGACAAAUUUCAGCGAAACGUGUGGAGAGCUGGGGCCAAACGGACGGCUUCCGUUUCACUUACCCAGCUUCGCCGCUACUGACGCAACGUGGUGACGUCGCCCCUGAGGCGUUUUGCGCAAAGGGAUCAAACGACGGCGAUGAAUGCGUCCACGUCAAGAGCAUCCCUCUGCAUUCCACCGUGGAGCUUGUGAUGUUCGACCAAGGCGGCGAAUCUGAUCACAUUUUCCACCUGCACGGCUACAGUUUCUACGUGGUUGGCGUGAGGACGUUCAACGCGAGCGUCGACAAGGACCAACUGCAGCGAAUGAAUGAGGAUGAGACGCUAUUCGCUACAAAGAACCUAAUAGACCCCGUUGUUAAAGACACUAUCGUGAUACCUAAGUUCGGCGUGGUCGCAUUACGGUUCCGGGCCGACAACCCUGGAUACUGGAUGAUGAGGGACGAGAGAUCGGCCCACUGGACGAGGGGCCUCGACUUUGUGUUGAAGGUGGGCGAGGAAAGGGACUUUGUUCAGGCACCAGCAGAUUUCCCCAAGUGCGGGUCUUACGUCGGCCCGGAGUACUUUUUAAUU